AUGUCAGAGGGGGCGGGUACUGGUACUGGGUCAGCAGCGGAGAGCAGCGAGGCCGCCGCCAAGAAGGGCGACGAGGCGGGCGAAGGCGACGCUACUCCUCCCAAGACGAGCCACUCGCUGCGCUUCUGGGGUAUCGUGGCCUCCCUGGCGUUCACGGCCCUGUGCUCUUCCAUCGAGGGUACCAUCAUCACCAGCGCCCUGCCCACCAUCAGCGCCGAGCUCGGCGGCGACAGCAGCUUCAUCUGGGUCCCCAAUGGCUACUUCCUCGCCACCAUGGUGAUGCUGCCGCUCAUGGCCCAGGCCGCCAACCUGUUUGGCCGCCGCUGGCUGACUUUGAUCUCGGUUGCCAUGUUCACUCUGGGCAGCGGCAUCUGCGGCGGUGCCAACUCGCCCGCCAUGCUGAUUGGCGGCCGUGUCGUUCAGGGUCUCGGCGGUGGUGGUAUCGCCUUGAUGAUCAACAUUGUCCUCACCGACUUGGUCCCCCUUCGUGAGCGAGGCAAGUAUAUGGCCAUCGUCCAGAUGGUCUCCGCCGUCGGUGCUGCCCUCGGACCAUUCCUCGGCGGUCUUUUGACCGAGCGCAGCACCUGGCGUUGGGUCUUCUACAUCAACCUGCCCAUUGGUGGAACUUCGCUCGUUGCCUUGUUCUUCUUCCUGCGCGUCGCCACCCCGCCGGGAGGGACCUGGGUUGAGAAGCUCAAGCGCAUCGACUUCAUCGGCAAUGCCAUCUUCAUCGCUGCCACCGUUUCCGUUCUCAUCGGCGUCACCUGGGGUGGCGCCGUCUACCCGUGGAAAUCUGCCAACGUCAUCGUGCCCCUCGUCCUCGGCUUCGUCGGGAUAGGCCUCUUCCUGGCUUACGAGUGGACUCUCGCCAAGAACCCCUCGCUGCCUCGAGGCGCUAUCGUAGAGCGCACAGCCGCUACCGUCCUCGCCGUCACGUUCCUGACCACCCUCUGUACCUACUGGGCCUUCUACUUCAUGCCCAUCUACUUCCAGGGCGUGAAGGCCAAGUCGGCCUUCUGGUCCGGCGUCGACGCCCUGCCGCUCUUCGCCGGCCUCUUCCCCUUUGCCAUCAUCGGCGGUAUUCUCCUCUCCAAGUUCGGCCGCUACAAGCCGUUGCAUCUCGUCGGCAUGGCCAUCGUCACCGUCUCGUUCGGUCUGUUCAGCAUUCUCGACCGGAACUCGAGCACCGCCGCCUGGGCUUGCUUCCAGCUUCUCUGCGCCAUCGGUUCCGGCCUGAUGAUUGCCAUCCUCCUGCCGGCCAUGCAGGCGCCGCUUGACGAGAGUCUCGUCGCCGCCUCUACCGGAGUCUGGACCUUCGUCCGGGCUUUCUCGACCGUCUGGGGCGUGACUAUUCCCGCGGCUAUCUUCGACAACGAGGUGGCCAAGAAGGCGGCCGCCUCGCUGACCGACCAGAGCCUGGUUGGAUACCUCACCGGCGGCAAGGCGUACCAAUUCGCCACGCAGGAAUUCCUCGACAGCAUCCGGGACCCGGCCUCUCGCUCCGAGGUUAUCGACAUCUUCACCUCGUCGAUCAAGAUUGUCUGGUACGUGGGCACUGCCUUUGCCGGGCUUGGCUGGCUGUUGGUCUGGCUCGAGAAGGAGGUGACUCUGCGGUCCAAGCUGAACACAAAGUUCGGAAUCGAGGAAAAGAAGAAGCAGGAGGAGGAUGAGGAGAAGGCCAAGAACGAGGGGGAGAACAAGGAUGGAGAAGAGAGCAAGGCGGCGGAUGGAGCCAAGAGGGCCGAGCUGAGCGCAUGA